AGCCGAGCCGUGCCGAGCUAGCCGAGCCGGCGGCGGGAGCAUGCCCCGGGGCGGCGGCGGGGGCCGGGCGCCCUGAGCGGCGCCAUGCGGGGCCGGCUGCUGGCGCGGCUGCGGCGGCGGCGGGUGCUGCGGCUGCUGCUGGCCCUGGGCGUGCUGGCCCUGGGGCUCUGGGCCGCUUACCUGGAGCUGGUGGCCGCGGCCGGCGGCGGGGCAACCCCGGACCGGAGAUACGAAAGCUGGAGGGAGCUGGCUAAGGCUCUGGCAGACACGCAUGCCCCAGGUGGGGACCCAAGCCUUCAGUUUUACUAUCUGCAGAAGCUGGGACACCAGAACCAAGAGCUGCAAAGAGGUGGGAGGAAUAAAUCGAAUUAUGCAGCUGUGGACAACCCUGUCCAGUGGGUGCCAGAGUUCCAUGGCCAGGCCAAUCUGCAUGUGUUCGAGGACUGGUGUGGUGGUUCCACUGAGCAGCUCAGGAAAAACCUCCACUUCCCCCUCUUCCCCCACACACGAACUACACUGAAGAAGCUGGCUGUGUCUCCAAAAUGGACUAACUAUGGUCUCCGGAUAUUUGGCUACCUGCAUCCUUUCGCUGAUGGGGAGUUUCAGUUUGCCAUUGCUGCGGAUGACAAUGCUGAGUUCUGGCUGAGUCCAGAUGAAAAGACCUCUGGUCUCCAGCUGCUGGCCAGUGUAGGCAAGACAGGGAAGGAGUGGACUGCGCCAGGGGAGUUUGGAAAGUUUCACAGCCAACAGUCAAAGAUGGUGAGGUUGUCAGCUGCAGGCAGGUACUAUUUUGAGGUGCUGCACAAGCAGGAUGACAAAGGAACAGACCAUGUGGAAGUAGCAUGGAGACUGAACGACCCAGAAGCGAAGUUCAAAGUCAUUGACUCCCAAUACCUCUCGCUUUUUUCUAAUGAGACGCUUUUAAAGAUGGAUGAGGUUGGGCAUAUCCCACAGACGCUGGCCAGUCACACGAGCCGUCGGGCUGACAGCACAGGCAGCAAGGCACACCCAGCUGACAUGUUGAAGCCUGACCCCCGGGACACUCUUUACAAAGUGCCUCUGCUCAGCAAGUCUCGUGUGCGCCGAGCCUUGCCGGACUGCCCGUACAAGCCCAGCUACCUGGUGAAUGGAUUUCCUCUGCAGCGCUACCAGGGACUCCAGUUUGUUCAUUUAUCCUUUGUUUACCCGAAUGAUUACAGCCGCCUGAGCCACAUGGAGAAAGACAACAAAUGCUUCUAUCAGGAAAACCCUUAUUACUUGGAAAGAUUUGGAUUUUACAAGUACAUGAAAAUGGAUCAGCCAGAGAAGAGCCUGGACUCUGGAGAAAAUAUAGACCAGCCAGGCUCCCAGGAGGGGAACCUGGACGACCUGCAGUAUGCGGAGCAGGACAUGGAGGAUACCAGUCCCCCCAAGCGCCCCAGCACAGGGAGAGCAAAGCUGGCAGGCAACGAUCCCAGCAGCGUGGUGGGCAGCGAUAACGUUCGUGAGGACUAUUCCUUCCGGGAGCGCCGUCGGCUCCUCUCGGUGGUGGAUGGUGGUGUAGGAGAGGGGCUACGGAGGAGAAGGACAAAGAGGUCUGGUGUCAAAUCAGCCACACUGGUGUCUGCCAACCAAAGCCUUAGCCAGGCUGCCCUAGAGGGGAAGCCAAUAAUGAAGAGACCCCGUUUAAAAGCUGGUGUCAAAGACAACUCCAGGAGCCCUCCACAGCACGCCAGGGUCAUCCAGGGGAGAGCGCCUGUUAAAAAGGCAAACCCUCCUUCUAGGACCAUGUCUCAAAGGCAGCAGCCUCUCGGAGGCCCUAGGGACUCAGGGGUCACAAUUCCCAAAAGGAUGAGACCUCGAGGAGACCUGAGCACCGCUAAGGAUGGGCUGCAGCCAGCAGGCACCGUGCCAGCCAGGAAAGGAGGCCCAGUGUCUGGCAAAGCUGCUGGGCGCACAGUGAGCGCUGCCAGCCCCGGCCCGCAGCCUGGGCUGCCGCAGUGGCUGAACCAAGUGGAGUCCUACAUUGCUGAGCAGAAGGCGGACAAUGGUGAGGACGUGGGCAAAGGAGAGGCACAGGUGGCAUCUCCUGUGCAGGGCAAGUCUGGACCUGUGCCAGCAGAAGAAGAAGAGGAAGAGGCAGAUGGGGAACCAGAGGAGGAAGAUGAAGAGGAUUUCGAUUACGUACCAGUGUUCGACCAGGCGGUGAAGUGGGAGCAGACCUUCAGCAUGAGCAACCUGGACUUCCAUAUGCUGCGUACAGACUGGAUUGACCUGAAAUGCAACACGUCAGGAAACUUGCUGCUAAGAGAAAGGGAAGCCCUGGAAGUCACACGUGUCUUCUUGAAGAAGCUCAACCAAAGGACGAAAGGGCGGUUCCAGCUGCGGCGUAUCGUGAACGUGGAGAAACGGCAGGACCGCAUGCGGGGCAGCCGCUACCUGCUGGAGCUGGAGCUGCUGGAGCAGGGAGAGCGGCUCGUCCGCUUCUCCGAGUAUGUCUUUGCACGGGGCUGGCAGGGCAUUGGUGGCGAGGAGGAGGAGGAGAGGAAGAUGAGGAACCUGGCAUGGGGUCGCCGGCGGCACCUGAUGGCUGUGGCAAAUGAGCCAGAGCUGUGCUGGCCCCAAGGCUUUUCCUGGAACCACCGUGCUAUGGUUCACUUCGUGGUGCCAGUGAAAAACCAGGCACGUUGGGUGCUGCAGUUCAUCUCUGACAUGGAAGAGCUGUUCCGAGUCACUAAGGAUCCAUACUUCAACAUCAUUAUCACAGACUACAGCAGCGAUGACAUGGAUGUAGAGAAGGCUCUGAAAAGGUCUGCUUUGCACAGCUAUCGAUACUUGAAGCUGACAGGAAAUUUUGAGCGUUCUGCUGGGCUGCAGGCGGGGAUAGACCUCGUGACGGACCCACACAGCAUCAUUUUCCUGUGUGACCUCCACAUCCACUUCCCAGCUGGAGUCAUUGAUUCAAUCCGGAAGCACUGCGUGGAAGGCAAGAUGGCCUUUGCACCCAUGGUCAUGAGGCUGCACUGUGGCAUGUCCCCACAGUGGCCUGACGGCUACUGGGAGGUGAAUGGGUUUGGUCUCCUGGGCAUAUACAAGUCUGACCUGGACAAGAUUGGAGGCAUGAACACAAAAGAAUUUCGGGACCGCUGGGGAGGAGAGGACUGGGAACUGCUGGACAGGAUCCUGCAGGCCGGGCUGGAGGUGGAGCGUCUCUCCCUGAGAAACUUUUUCCACUGGUUUCACUCGAAGCGGGGCAUGUGGAACCGGCGCCAGCUGAAGACCCUGUAGCCUUCAACCCCAAAGCUGCUCGGCAGCACUGUCCACCAUCUCGUCUUGACGUGCACUUUAUCGAGGCACCCAGCCGAGCACACAAACUCUUCCUCUGCCUCCAGAGCCCUCUGAUGGGAUGGCACAGCCGAGGAAGGGAUGGUCAGGCUAAGGGAGCGGGAGCUUCUCUUGUGAGCCAUUGUAUCCGAGACGUGGGAUCCGUGUCUUGCUGGGAAGGCAUGUGGGCGAGACGUCAACACGUGAAGCAACCAACUUGUGUUUCCUGCCAUGCAGUCUGGCGGAUGGUGCAGUGGGAGAGGUGCCAUGUGUCCCACCCGUUGAGUCUUGCGUGGUGCAAACCAAACAAACACAAAUCCCAGCUAAGCCCAGAAUGCUUUAUUUAGAGUAACACAGCUUCUCUUUCAAUACCUGAAUGAAAAAAAGAUAAAAAAACCCAACCUUUCCCUUUUCCCCUCCUUCUCCCUCUCUCUGGUAUCUGUGCCUUUGGACAAGGGACCAAAGUAAGUUCUCUGAACUGUGUUGUGUCCGCAUGCCCAUGUGCUGACCCAAGCAAACCUGGAUGUGGAGGAGCUGAUAGGCACUUUAGGCUGCUGGUGCUUAGACGUUUCUCUGUGCUUUUCACUUUAGUAAUUUUUAAAAACUGUGCUCAUAUUCAGUGAAUUAUGGGCCAUGGAUGGAGAUGCAAGUACACUUCCCUUAUGAGAGCCACGUUUGCCUGCAGCUGGGUGAGGUGGCAGGGGUUGAUGUUACAACUCCACCUAAAUUAUUGAUCCACUGCCUGAGGAUAGUGGAGGGGUUAUACAGAGAAGCUAGGAGGGCAUCUCAGGAGGAAUUUUGCAGCCUUAUAUGACAGACAUGUGUGUUUGUCCUAACAAUAUCAGGGAAACCCUAGCAGGGAAGAAGUGGCAAUAUUUUAUUAGUUGAAAUAUUGUUGUUUUGUCAGAAAAAAGAGGAGACAGAGUAUUCUGCUCUCUAAAUCCUGUACAUUUAUGCAUCAUCUAAAGGUUAAUUUAAUAAGUUAUGGCCUCACAGUUAUGUCUUGUCAUAGUUUGACUUUUAUGUAAAGAGCAGGCUUCUUGAUUGAAGAACCAGCACAGCUGUUGGUGCUUCAUCGCCGGAACAGCCCUGGGAGCUCUGGCCCAGUACGGAGGAGGUGUCCUCAGGCCUUAGCACGUGCACUGGGUGCAGAGAACAGCAAGGACAGAAGAAGAUUGAGUGAGUAAAAGGAUGGGCAGACCCAUGCUGGCAUUGACCCAAGAACUGUGGGAAGAGCCCCUGUCCACACCUGGCCUGAUGCUACAGGGAAUUCUCAUCCCCUAAAACUCCUGUUAAUGUAAGGCAAGAUUUUUUACCCCUGUAACCAUUUUACAAGACUACAGAAAGUCAGAAAUCCCAGCACAAUCAGUGCCCUGCACUGGAGCUUCAGUGUCCACAUACCUUGCUGAAAAGGCUGCUACCAGUCUCAAGCUUCAAGGGAGAGCAUGACAUAGGAUGCUGCUCACGGCACCUGGCUCUGUGCGGAGUUGCUGAGAAGUGAGUAACGGAGGUAUGCAGGAUACAAGCAAUGCUGACAUGCUAUUAGACUUGUUUGUGUUUUGUGCUGAUAGAGUGGAUGCCAUUUCAGAAUAGGCAUUCGUUUAUUAAUUCUGUGGUGCUUGACAAGUCCAUCAGAUUGCACUAUUGCAGUAGAAAACUGAACGUGCAAGUUCUGGCACGUGAGAUAGAAAUCUUGUCAAAUCAUCUGCUUGCCUCAGUCUGGGUUUUGUGACUGAUGGAGUCCGAAAAAGUCAACUAGAUUUCAGGAAGUUCUACUGUGCAGUGUGCAGCUGUGGUGAGAAGUGAAGAAACGGCUGUGUCUCUGGAGCCUGUGACAGAAUGCAGACACUGAGUAUCUCAGAAGAGGCAGCCUUAGCCUUUUGCCCAAGCCAGAGCAGUCUUUUUGUUGAGAAAAAGUACGUUACCCAUGUGGAGACUAAAUGAAACACUGCAGCUGGGGCAAGAGGGAAGAGGAUGACAACAGUCAACACUAUUAUUUCUUUUUAGAUGUGUCAUAGGAGUUGAGGAGGCCAAAGCCCUGUGAUGCAAUGUUGCAAUAAGCUCUGCUUCUGCCUGGAAUGUGCAGUGUCAGUCAUGCUCUCGGUGCCUGUUGGAGCCUGUGCUUCAUGCAAACACAGGCACAACCCCGCGAGUGUGCAGGUGAGCUGCUCUCCAGGCUUUGGGACUGCGCCUCCGCAGCCUGUCUGGGCUAGCUCUGUCACGCAAUCCCUGUGGAAUGGGGAGAGGCUGGCAGGGAGUGUGAGCACUGAGACAUGGUAAGGCGUUAGCAGGACCCAGCUGUUUGGCCCCAUCGAGCAGAGAAAGGCGUGAUGCCCAUUUUGCAGAUGGAGAACUGGUAGAUUCAAUGGUGGCCCUUAUGUCAUGCACAGGAAGGAUGGGUUAUUUGUACCAUGUGCUUUCACAUCUGGCUUCAAUGUGGUCUGCAGCACCUAAAGUUAGCAACUGGUGUUCAUCUGCAGACUCUGGAAAGAAUUAGGUGCAUCCAGAAGGUAGCUCACUUGGCUUAAAUGAUAUGAGUAACUCUUCCUCCUCACCAAAGAGCAUAGUCAGCAAAGAGUGAACUGGAAAGGAGGGUGCAGCCCUCACUCCAGCACUGCCAGGGGAAUGUGAGGAUUUCACCUUCUUCCUUCCUUCAUGCCUUGUAACCCAGGCCAGUGGCAAGCAGGACUGGUUACCUGGUGAAGACUCCUUGGUGGACAUGUAAGGAGUUAGUAGGUUUCAGCCUAGUUUCCUGAUGGCCAGUGAAUCCACUGUCAAAGUUGCCACCACGAAUAUCUUUCCCUUUCUAGCACAGUGAGGAUUUUUAGUUGGUAUUUAAGCAUUGCGGUAGUAAAUGUGAUUAAUACUAAUUGGCAUUAGUUGGCAGCCUCCAUGGAGGAGCAUGGAGGGAGCCCAUGGGGGCAAAAGCUGUCUUCCAGCCUGCAUGCUCAGAAGCUGUUGUGAGUUGUAGGGAGAGAAGGGGCUACACGCUCCUCGACUUGCCAGCCAGCAGCAAGUCUUGCAGAAGCGGCACCGGGCUUUGCUCUGAGGCUGCAGCCCCUCUUCCAAACCAACCGCAGUUUUUCUCCCCAGACAGAGUCAUGAAGAGGGAGGGAGCAGGGAGCAUGGCAGGAGCAGGUAGUCCCGCAGCCAUGCAGUGAAAGGAUGUGGUCAUCCAGGGCAGUGGCCAGGCCACUGCGGUCCCUGAUCGCCAGGUGUUUUGCCACAUCAUUAAGUGUUGCGUGGCACACACUGCUGCUGCGAGGAGGGCUCAUCCCUGGGUCCAGCACAGCUUCUGAAGAGCAAAAGGGAACGUGGCUUUGCCGUGGCCAGGAAGCUGACUUCCCCCCCAGCAGUCAACCUCAUUUCUGUUACUGGGAUCUUUUUAGGAGCCUGAGUUUGCGGUGAAGUCUGCCCCACGUUUCUGGCUUUCGUGCACAUCCUGGCUAUGUCCUGCCUUGAUGGCAGGAGGAAAUCAGUUGCAUGGGAUUUCCUGUGCAGCAGGCAGGCAGGCAGGCAGGAGGGAGCUGGGGACAGCUGGGGAAGCGAUGGGCCAUGCUGCAGAAGAGACUUUUCCUGGGGCAGGAUGUGGCCAGGCUGGGACCCCGGGCCCCCAGGCACAGGUUGCACGGCAAGGGGGCUCUACCUACAAAUGCCGAUACCAUCUUCAGGACCGAAUUGUGGGGCUGAGGAUUGUUUUGCAGAUCAGCAAGGGAAAUGUAGAAGGGCUAGCUUUUAUUCUGAGAGAAAUGUAUUGUGUGAAAAUUAUGGUGUGACUUGUUUUGUCCUUGUCUUUAAUGUUUGCCUAGUAUGAACAUCUCGCCUCUCCUCAUCGCCUACAAAUGUCUGAAGUUGUUUUUUAGAUACCGAUGCCUUGUGUUAAAAAUCUUAAUAGUACCUUUGAACUAUCUGCCUUAAAGUGGGUCUGUGCCUUCAAGACAACUCCUGGGCCACCUCUCUGUCGGAGCUGGGGGUUACACUGAUUCUCCUUCAUGUUUUAUAAAUACAUUGUCUUUCUACAAGAGCUGAGUUCCAUCCGUGUGUUUGUUACACCCAUGUCACAGGCAUUAGAAACCAAAUGUUGCUCCUCUGGCUUCAUAUGACCAAAGGUGUAGGCAAUACCAGAGAGACAGGUCACUCUCUGCCCCAGCCAGUGAGAGCUGUGCUGCAGGUGGUGGGUAGGUGAUGCAGUGAGCAAGGGUAGCCAGGAGCGAGGUUCAUUUCAGUCCCCACUGGGGCUGUAGGAAGUGGGAUGGCAACAAAACAGUUUUUCUCGUGUCUUCCUGGGUUCAUGUGAAACAAGGUAGAAACAUUGGACAAAUAAGUGUCCCUGCAAAGCACAAGUGCGAUGUGAUCAUAGAGAAUGCAGAGGAAAAAAUGGUCUCUCUCACAAGCAGGGGACGAUUCCUGGAGAAGACCACAGGUGAGAGCCUAGACCUGAGCUCAGUACUUGGGACGACCUGCACAAAUGGGAGGUCAGCUUUCAUGGCAGCUGCUUAUUUACAUUCAAAUUUGGCCCCUUUUUGCUUCAGAUGUGCCUCCUCUCAGUAUAAAAAGCUUGGCAGGAAUGGGACUCAGACAUGGCGAGGGAAGAAGGCAGCCAAGGUUGCUAAUGAGUCUGCUUCCAUUAUAAUGAGAAACUGUUAUUAAAGGUGAUGGAGGGGGAAAGCAUUCCAGCGCACUGCCGGCACUCUGCUCUCCUGGGCUGGGCGACGGGAAUCCCUCUCUGAUCAGGCAGCCCUGUGUGCCACUGUACCUGACCUGGCAGCUCUCUGAGAUGAUGAUGUUGAAGUCUGGUAAUGAAAUUCCCCUCACUGCUUCUUUCCCGGCUGAAACUUUUCUUUUUUUCUCUCUCUUUACAUUCAGUCAUCAAUGCUAAUUGCUUUGCCUCCUGCUCUGUGAAACAAUGAGUCACAGGAUUUGGGAUCUGCACAUGGGGUGUGUAAUUUUUUACCUUUUCAUGAACCCAGCUGGCCAGUAGUGGCUGAAAUCCCUUAGCUGGUGGUUUUGUGUUGGCUAGAACUAGUUUUGCAGCCUCUACAGUGAAGCCUUGUCCUAGAGGAGAGUAGAAUAAUGGAGGCUUCCCAGAAACAUUCACCCCUGUUUGCUGUCGGCCUCAGCAGAGACUGAGGACCCACAAAAGCAGCAAACGCGGUGUCACUCCAGACCCGCCAUCCCCCAGACAAAGGGGAGGAUGGGACUUUACCUGCUUCACCAAACAGAUCCCAGACUGUGCGCAGGUUUGCUGAUUUAAAUUCUGGUAAAUAUGCAACUGGCAUUUUCCACCCUACUCUUUCUAUGCAACUUUCCUUCAGCUGCAAAAAAGCUGCUGUCAUUUGCAGCUAAUAGCUGAUGCUGGCCCAUAGCCUUUGCCCACAAGAUCAUCCACACCCUCUCCAGAAAAAAGCACCACCCAUGACUUACACAGAAAUUUAGUUCUUUAAAGUCAAAUGAAACCUGCCUGUAUCUGGGUUUUUUAAGUGUCAGACACUCCAGUAGCUCUUGAAGACCAGUAUGUGGACAUUUUUGUAACAUUUCUUUCUCAGAGGUGGCAAGAGUAUACAAAAUGAAAAAUCCAUGUUGAAUUCUAAUUCUGCUGUACAAUGAAGAAAAUAAUAGUCAGAAGAGCAUGCCAUUAUUUAAAUAGGCUUACACCAGGCUAUUAAAAUAUCAAAUUUUUGGCACGAUUACAGAGUUACAAAAUCUAGGAUAAAAAAUUUUUACUCUUUCAAAAAAAAUCUGAAAAAUCAUUACUUCAAAGACUUUUUUUUUUUUAUGGAAACAAAUGGUUCUAGUACAAGAGAGUUCCCAGCAUUGUCAAUAUAAAAAUGAUAUAUUUAAAAACAUUUGUGGUAGUGAUAGACCUUAAAUUAUAAUGGUGAUUUUUUAAAUAAAGUGAUAAACUAUGCACCUGUCAUUUCUUAUUGUGACAAUAAGUCUAGAGUGGUCUUCCUAUGUAUAAUGUUUCUUCCUUUUUUACUAAAUAUUGUCAGGCUAUUCUGACAUCAUUCCUGAUAGGUCCCUGGCGAUGACUUCAGACUUUAACAGCUAUUUUCUGUCAUUGUUAAUUUUCCAAUGCCGAAAAUAUCUGAUUGUUUUCUUAACUGUGUUGCCUUUAAUUUUAAACAACUAGGAAAACAUUUGAACUGGUUUUAG